AUGGCAAGAAAGAAGCUGAAAGAUUUCACUAGUUUGGAGCUUAUGCUCAGUGCUCUUCUGCUGGGUGUAUUUAUCAUCACUAUUCCUCUCUUUGUGCUUUCAGCCAAAGAGUCUUUGGAAUCAAAAGAUCUGGGGACCAUUCCUGAUGCCACUGAGUGCCCAGUGCUAAAUGAAUCAGAGCGGAUAAACUGCAUCCCUGACCAGCCGCCUACAAAGGCCACCUGUGAUCAGCGUGGCUGCUGCUGGAAACCUCAGGGGACCAUAAGCGUGCCCUGGUGCUACUAUUCCAAGAGUCAUGGCUAUCAAGUGGAGGGCAACCUCGUGAACACCAGGGCAGGAUUCACAGCCCAGUUGAAAAGGUUGCCGUCUCCAUCCCUGUUUGGAAAUGAUGUGGACAACGUCCUUCUCACAGCGGAAUACCAGACAUCUAAUCGUUUCCACUUUAAGUUAACUGACCCAAACAAAGACAGGUACGAAGUGCCCCAUGAGCACGUGCAGUCCUUCAAAGGAAAUGCUGCUUCUCCCUUGACCUAUGAAGUUCAGGUUUCCCCACAGCCAUUUAGCGUCAAAGUGAAGAGAAGAAGCAACAACCGUGUCCUGUUGGAUACAAGCAUUGGGCCCCUCCUGUUUGCUGAUCAGUUCCUGCAGCUCUCCAUCCGACUGCCAAGUGCUAACGUGUACGGUCUGGGAGAACACGUGCACCGCCAGUACCGCCAUGAUAUGAACUGGAAGACCUGGCCCAUAUUUGCCAGGGACACAACCCCCAAUGGAGAUGGAACUAACUUGUAUGGCGCACAGACGUUCUUCCUGUGCCUUGAAGAUGCUAGUGGAUUGUCCUUUGGACUGUUUCUGAUGAACAGCAAUGCCAUGGACGUCGUCCUCCAGCCCACACCAGCUAUCACUUACCGCACCACCGGGGGCGUUCUUGACUUCUACGUGUUUUUGGGAAAUACUCCAGAGCAAGUGGUUCAAGAGUAUCUAGAGCUCAUUGGACGGCCAGCCAUGCCCGCAUAUUGGGCACUUGGAUUUCAUCUCAGUCGUUAUGACUAUGAAUCCCUAGAUAAAAUGAAACAGGUCGUGGAGAGAAACCGGGCCGCACAGCUCCCUUAUGACGUUCAGCAUGCUGAUAUUGAUUAUAUGGAUGAGAGGAAGGACUUCACUUAUAAUCCAGUCGAUUUUAAAGGCUUUCCUGAGUUUGCUGAGGAGUUACACAACAAUGGCCAGAAACUGGUCGUCAUUGUGGAUCCAGCUAUCUCCAACAUGUCUUCCCCCAGUGAUCCCUACGGCCCGUAUGACAGGGGUUCAGACAUGAAGAUAUGGGUGAAUGCUUCAGAUGGAGUGACACCACUCAUUGGGCAGGUCUGGCCUGGAAAAACUGUGUUUCCUGAUUACACCAACCCCAGGUGUGCUGUUUGGUGGGCAGAUGAAUUUAAGCUUUUUCACAAUCAAGUGAAGUUCGAUGGAAUCUGGAUUGAUAUGAAUGAAGUUUCCAACUUCGUUGAUGGUUCAUUUUCAGGAUGUUCCACAAGCAGUCUAAACUAUCCCCCAUUCACUCCAAGAGUCCUGGAUGGGUACCUCUUCAGCAAGACCCUCUGCAUGGAUGCCGUGCAGCACUGGGGCAAGCAGUAUGAUGUCCACAAUCUCUACGGCUACUCCAUGGCUAUUGCCACCGCAGAGGCCGUCAAGACCGUGUUCCCAGAUAAGAGAAGCUUCAUUAUAACCCGUUCUACCUUCGCGGGAUCGGGCAAGUUUGCAGCCCAUUGGUUAGGAGACAAUGCGGCCACCUGGGACGACCUUCGGUGGUCCAUCCCCGGCAUGCUUGAGUUCAACCUCUUUGGUAUCCCAAUGGUGGGUCCUGACAUAUGUGGCUAUGCACUGGAUGCACCUGAGGAGCUCUGCAGACGGUGGAUGCAGCUGGGAGCCUUCUAUCCGUUUUCCAGGAAUCACAAUGGUCAAGGCUACAAGGCCCAGGAUCCUGCCUCCUUUGGAGCAGACUCUCUGCUGCUGAAUUCCUCCAGGCACUACCUGACCAUCCGCUAUACUCUAUUGCCCUAUCUUUACACCCUCUUCUAUCGCGCUCACAGCUUGGGGGAGACAGUGGCCAGGCCUCUUCUGCAUGAGUUUUAUGGGGACAGCAGCACUUGGGACGUGCACCAGCAGUUUCUCUGGGGGCCCGGCCUCCUCAUCACUCCAGUUCUGAAUGAGGGUGCAGAGAAAGUGAUGGCAUAUAUGCCUGAUGCCGUCUGGUACAAUUAUGAGACUGGGGGCCGAGUGAGAUGGAGAAAGCAAAAAGUGGAGAUGGAACUUCCUGGAGACAAAAUUGGACUUCACCUACGAGGAGGCUACAUCUUCCCUAUCCAACAGCCAGCCACAACCACUGUGGCCAGUCGACGGAACCCUCUUGGUCUUAUCAUUGCCCUAGAUGACAACAAAGAAGCAAAAGGCGAACUUUUCUGGGAUGACGGGGAAACGAAAGAUACUGUGGCCAAUAAAGUUUAUCUCUUAUGUGAGUUUUCCGUCACCCGAAACCGCUUGGAGGUGAAGAUUUUGCAAUCAACCUACGAAGAUCCCAAUAAUUUAGUAUUUAAAGAGAUUAAGAUACUCGGGACCCAGGAACCAAAGAACGUUAUAGUGAAACAGAACAAUAUCUCAAGUCAAGUUUCUCCUAAUGUCACAUAUGACACUAACCUACAGGUCGCCGUUAUCACAGGGCUGGAUCUUGUCCUGGGAAAAGCAUACACUGUGGAGUGGGACCUGACGAUAAGGGAUGUGGACAAAAUAGACUGUUAUCCUGAUGAGAGUGGUGCUUCUGCAGAAAACUGUGCUGCCCGUGGCUGUGCCUGGGAGGAAUCUAGUUCUCCAGGAGUCCCUUUUUGCUACUUCAUCAAUGACCUAUACUCUGUCAGUGACAUUCAGUAUGACUCACACGGGGCCACGGCGGUCAUCUCCUUGAAGUCCCCUCUUUAUGCCAACUCUUUGCCCUCAACACCCGUGAACACCCUCCAUCUGAAGGUGACCUACCACAAGGAUGACAUGCUGCAGUUUAAGAUUUAUGAUCCCAACAACAGUCGGUAUGAAGUCCCCAUCCCUCUCCACUUACCCGGGGCUCCGUCAGGCACUUCCGAGAGUCGGCUCUAUGAUGUCCUCAUUACGAAUCCAUUUGGGAUUGAAGUUCGCCGGAAGAGUACAGGCACCGCCAUUUGGGACUCUCAGCUCCUUGGCUUCACCUUCAGUGACAUGUUCAUUCGCAUCUCCACUCGCCUUCCCUCCCAGUACGUCUAUGGCUUUGGGGAAACUGAGCACACAGCCUAUCGGAGAGACUUGAACUGGCACACGUGGGGGAUGUUCUCCCGAGACCAACCCCCGGGGUACAAGAAGAAUUCUUAUGGCGUCCACCCCUACUACAUGGCGCUGGAAGAAGAUGGCAGCGCCCAUGGGGUACUCCUGCUAAACAGCAAUGCCAUGGAUGUGACAUUCCAGCCCAUGCCUGCCUUGACGUACCGUACCACAGGAGGAAUUCUGGACUUUUAUUUGUUCCUGGGGCCAACUCCAGAGCUUGUCACUCAGCAGUACACGGAGAUGAUUGGUCGGCCAGUGAUGGUUCCUUACUGGUCCUUGGGGUUUCAGCUGUGCCGCUAUGGAUACCGGAAUGACUCUGAGAUUGCCAGCUUAUAUGAUGAGAUGGUGGCUGCUCAGAUCCCCUAUGAUGUGCAGUACUCGGACAUAGACUACAUGGAACGGCAGCUGGACUUCACCCUCAGCCCCAACUUCACCGGAUUUCCAGCUCUGAUCACUCGCAUGAAGAAGGACGGGAUGCGGGUCAUCCUCAUUCUGGACCCAGCCAUUUCCGGAAAUGAGACGAAGCCCUAUCCUGCAUUCACGCGGGGCGUGGAGGAUAACGUCUUUAUCAAAGAUCCAACUAGUGGAGACAUUCUCUGGGGAAAGGUUUGGCCUGAUUUUCCAGAUGUCGUUAUAAACAGUUCUCUAGACUGGGACAGUCAAGUGGAGCAAUACCGAGCUUAUGUGGCCUUCCCAGACUUUUUCCGUAAUUCAACUGCCACCUGGUGGAAGAGGGAGUUGCAAGAACUCUACACGAAUCCCCAGGAUCCAGAGAAGAGUUUGAAGUUUGAUGGCAUGUGGAUUGAUAUGAAUGAACCAUCAAGCUUUGUCAACGGGGCAGUUCCUCCAGGCUGCAAAAAUGCCAUGCUGAACCACCCUCCGUAUAUGCCACAUCUGGAGGCCAGGGACAGAGGCCUGAGCAGCAAAACCCUGUGCAUGGAGGGUGAGCAGAUCCUGCCAGACGGCUCCCCGGUGCAACACUACAACGUGCACAGCCUGUACGGGUGGUCCCAGACCAGACCCACCUACGAAGCUGUGCAGGAGGUGACAGGACAACGAGGGAUCGUCAUCACCCGCUCCACGUUCCCCUCUUCUGGCCGCUGGGGAGGCCACUGGCUGGGAGACAACACAGCCGCGUGGGACCAGCUGAGGAAGUCCAUCAUUGGCAUGAUGGAGUUCAGCCUCUUUGGCAUAUCCUAUACAGGAGCAGAUAUUUGUGGGUUCUUUCAAGACGCUGAAUAUGAGAUGUGUGUUCGCUGGAUGCAACUGGGGGCCUUUUACCCCUUUUCAAGGAACCACAACACCAUCGGGACACGGAGGCAAGACCCCGUGUCCUGGGAUGAGGCCUUUGUGAACAUCUCCAGAAGCGUCCUGCAGACCAGAUAUGCCAUCCUGCCAUAUCUCUACACCCUAAUGCACUUGGCCUACACGGAGGGCAGGACUGUGGUGCGGCCUCUUCUCCAUGAGUUUGUGUCAGACCAGGUGACCUGGGAUAUAGACCGUCAGUUCCUGCUGGGCCCCGCCUUCCUCGUCAGCCCUGUCCUGGAGCCCAAUGCCAGAAAUGUCACUGCCUAUUUCCCUAGAGCCCGCUGGUAUGAUUACUACACGGGUGUGGACAUCAAAGCAAGAGGGGAGUGGAAGUCCUUGGCAGCCCCUCUUGACCACAUCAACCUUCAUAUCCGCGGGGGCUUCAUCCUGCCCUGGCAAGAGCCUGCACAGAACACCCACCUCAGCCGCCAGAAAUUCAUAGGCCUCAAGGUCGCCUUGGAUGACAACGGGACUGCGGAAGGUUGGCUCUUCUGGGAUGAUGGGCAAAGUAUCGAUACCUAUGAGAAAGGACUCUAUUACCUGGCCCACUUUUCUGCCAGCCAGAAUACAGUGGAGAGUCACAUAAUUUUCAACAAAUACAUCACCGAUACAAACCCUUUGAAACUUGGCUACAUCGACAUCUGGGGAGUGGACAGUCCCUCCAUUUCCAGCGUCAGCAUCUCUGUGAGCGGCGCGGUUGUAACACCCAACUUCGCCUACAUCGCUACAACACAGGAGUUAAAAAUUGAGAUGACCAGCAAAAACAUCAGCCUACAUAAUUUCAUUUCAUUGACAUGGAGAAGUACUCAGUGAAGUUUAAGAGCAAGAUCCUACGAGUUACUUUGAAACGACUUCAUGCUUAUAAAAUUUGUGUAUGUUGCUAAUCAGUUCAUGCCCAGUAUGGGUAAAAUAUUUUAUCAACUUUGUUAUAUGUUUUUGUCUGUGUUUUAGGUCUGUGGGAUAGACAGUAGGGAGGUGUGGAAAAUCUAUGGGUCACCUUAAUGUGUCUGUGUGAUUAGUACGGUAUCAAUUGUUUAUCAUACAUUUACUGAAGAUGAACUGGGUCCAUGGUGGAGUGUGUGUGUGUGUGUGUGUGUGUGUGUGUGUGUGUGUGUGUGUGUGUAAAAUCAGGGACUAGGCCCCGCUCUCUUGCAAAAUACACAAGGAAAAGCUUGCCAGGACAGUUCCAGGUCCUGGAGCUAACACUCCAAGAAAGUCUCCAGAAAGAACAUCUGCUAGUUGGUUAUAGAGAGAGUGGAGCAAUAUGCUGAGAGCAUGAUGUGAGGCGUAGAAAAAGCACACACACAGAAAGGUAAGCAAGAAGAUAAGAGGAAACAGAAGAUGAUGAUAAAAGUAAUUAUGGCAAAUAAGAAGAUAAUGUAAAAAUAUUAGGAAGAUUAGCCUCCUGGGGAGGAAAAAGGAAAAGCCCACUCACAUGAGAACAAGAAGAGGGGUUAGACGAAAUCUUUAGCAUGUGGGAGUGGGAAUAGGGGUGAGGACAAGAAUUAAGCAGGCAAAGGUGAAUAUAAAAACUAACUUAUUUUUGCAGCAGUGUGCUUUGAAAUGUAUAAAUCAUAUUGCUCUACUCUGUGCCUAAUGCCUACAACCACAUUUCACACACACGCAUGCUACCUCUAUGCCAGAGCAAAAUAAAACAAGCAGAUUUACAAGACACGUUGAAUUUUGUGAUAUUUUGACCAUGGGUAAUCCCACUUCGGAUCAAGGCUUCUUUUUGCUCAGCAAACCCUUGUAAAUUGGUCUGUUCUCUUUGGCGUCAGAGUUCCUGCAGUCUAAUCCACCAGUGCAUUGAUCAGUUUUGUGAUUAUGCACUCUUUUCCUUCUACCUUUGGGGUUUUUAGAAGACUCGGGUUUGCGGAAGAGUGUACUUGGGUGGUCGUUGUUCUAAUCAUCAUGGCAGUUACUAUAUCUGGUAAAAUAUCCACUCUGGCAAAAUAACAUUUGCAACACUAUUGGUUAAAACACUAGAUGGUUAAAAUUUGUGAUGAAGACAUUCUAUAUGAAUGUUCAACAGGGAUUUUUACUUUCAGUAUCACUUGGAAACGAGCGUGUUAGGGUGUGAUGCCUUGGAGGAGAGUGCACUGAAAUUUAAGCAUCAUACGUAUGGUUGGUUUCCAACUUGAUGAUUUCAACCAUCUGCUUGCUUUGAUCACAUUAUGAGUUCUUCCGAGUGCUAACUUCGCCGUACCUUCUUAUUAAUAAACAAUUUGAAAGUA